AUGCAGCAUCCUGGAACUGAGGCCCUGUUAUCCAGAGGUCAGCAGACGCAGAUCGAGCAGGUGUCAGUCAAGAUGGAAACCAAGAAAAUGAACAUAUUAGAGAACCUGCGUCUAAAAACCAAGUUACCCAACAUGAAGAAGCCUCGUAAGAAGCCACUUGCCAAGCAAGGGAGGAACCUGGCCCAUCGGCGCAAUGCGCCUUUGGAGAGGGCUGAUAGAGCCUCUCCAGACUCUGCUUUCGGCUUUCCCAGUGAGGAGCAAGUCAAUGUGCCUUGGUCAGCAGAAUGGGAAGAUGACCAGGAGCCCUGCACCCCUUCUCUGAUGAGAGAGUUCUCCAUGGAGGAAGGUCUUAUAGAGCUGGACGAGCCAAAUGAAUCUCUGGAGGAGAUGAUUGCUGAAACGGGUGAUUUCUUUGAUGAAAGUAUAGACCUUGGAAGCUCCGACGGUCUGAAUCCAGACUGUGAGGUCCAAACACCUGGCCCGUUUCAGAGGUAUCUCCUGAGCAUCAACCUAAAACAAGGAAGAAACCUGGUUAUCAGAGACAAACGUUCUGGGACGAGCGAUCCAUAUGUGAAGUUCAAAUUGGAAGGAAAACAGUUCUACAAGAGCAAGGUGGUUUAUAAGAAUUUAAAUCCUCAAUGGAACGAGUCCUUCACUCAUCCCCUCCGAGACAGGGAGCAUGUUGUGGAAGUUCGGGUCUAUGAUAAAAAUCGAACCGCAGACGACUUCAUGGGUUCCAGUACCAUUUCUUUGAAAAACCUUGAAUUACACAAAACUUAUGAGAUGGAGUUGAGCCUCGUUGAUCCAAAAAGCAAAGAAAACGACAUGGGAGUUAUCAUUGUUGAUGUCUGCUUGAUGUUCAGAGAUGCCACCAUCAAAAGAGGCUACCGAUUUCGUCCAAAAAAGAAUAAGCAGAACCAGGCCGCCCGCCCUGCUGACGCACAGAAGAAUCAGCUGAAGAACAAAGUGUGGACCAGUGUGCUCCACAUCACCUUGGUGGAGGGACAGGACCUGCCGCAGUAUGGCCAGGGUGACAUUUACGUCCGCUUUCGCCUUGGUGAUCAGAAAUACAAGAGCAAGAACCUUUGCAUUCAGGCGAAUCCUCAAUGGAGAGAGGAGUUUGACUUCAAUCAGUUUGAAGAUAUCCAGGAACCUCUGCAGGUGGAGGUGUUCUCAAAGAGAGGCAGGAAGGGCGAAGAGUCAUGGGGGAUGUUCGAGGUUGAUCUGUCAAGGCUUCCUCCUGACAAGAGGCAGCUGUACACCCAUGUGUUGGACCCGGGAAAAGGCAAACUGGUGUUCCUGGUCACCCCGAGACCCUGCUGGGGAGUCUCCCUGUCUGAAAUUGACAAUGCCUCCUUGGCAAAUCCAAAUGACAGAAACACAAUCACGGAGAAAUUUAGUGUAACAAACACCCACAAGUGUUUCAGAGAAAUUGGCUUUCUUCAGGUCAAUGUUUUAAAAGCAAAUGAUCUCUCUGCUACGGAACUUGGUAAGAGCAACCCUUUGUGUGUUAUUGAGCUUGGAAACUGCAAACUUCAAACUGAUGCAAUCUCUAGGACCCUCAAUCCAGAGUGGAACAAAGCCUUUACAUUCCCUAUUAAGGACAUUCAUGAUGUGGUAGAGUUGUCUGUCUUUGAUGAAAACGGAGACAAAUCCUCAAACUUUUUGGGGAAAGUGGCCAUCCCUUUACUGAGUGUUAAGAAUGGCCAGCUGAUGUGUUUGUCCUUAAAGAAGGAGGACCUGGAGAGUUCUUCAAAAGGAACCAUCACUCUGGUGCUGGAGGUUAUCUACAACAAAGUCAGAGCUGGUAUCAGAACCUUCCAACCAAAGGAGGCUAAAUUAAUCGAGGAUAACCCAAAGUUCAACAAAAAGGUUCUUGCCAGGAAUAUAUAUCGGGUACGAAAAAUCAGCACAGCAGUUCUGUACACGUUACAGUACAUUAAAAGCUGUUUUCAGUGGGAGAGCACGCAACGGAGUCUAAUAGCCUUUCUGAUCUUCCUUCUGACAGUGUGGAACUGGGAUCUCUUCAUGCUGCCCCUCUUCCUGCUUCUACUGAUCAUCUGGAACUAUGUCCAGAUCACUACAGGAAAGGCCAGCUCCAACCAGGACUUGGUGAACAUGACCAUGGGCGAUGACGAAGAAGAAGACGAGAAGGAAUCCGGAAAAAAGGGUUUGAUGGAUAAAAUACACAUGGUGCAAGAAGUGGUGCUGGUUGUUCAGACUGUGUUGGAUGAGCUCGCAAACAUCGGAGAGCGAAUUAAGAACAUAUUCAACUGGUCUGUCCCCUUUUUGUCAAUUUUGGCCGGGUUGGUGCUGUUUGGUGCAGCGGCGCUCUUAUACUUUGUUCCACUACGAUACAUCGUGCUGAUAUGGGGCAUUAACAAAUUUACCAAGAAGCUGCGCAACCCAUAUACGAUUGACAAUAAUGAAAUACUGGAUUUCCUCAGGAGGGCACCGUCUGAUGUUCAAAAGGUGCAGUACAGUGUGCUGAGAGCGCCCACCGGCCAGAACCAGUUGCGGAAGAAGAAGUAAGCUCGGCAGGUACACUCGGAUGAAAGGCUGGUCUCUUUUUUUUUAAAUGCGGUAAGAUGCAGUCCACCUGACAAUAACGCCCCAGUGCCCGCCGAACCCGUGACCCCGCACACCCCACCACGCCACCCUAACUCUGCCCCCUGCUGCUGAGGGCCGGCCGGCCGCUCUCUGGUCUUGUGUGUUUGCCACCCCCCUGACAGGGUCUGCGAACUGCAGAAGCCAGGAGGGCAGCACGUGGUGCUGUCAAUCACAAGCUAGGAGGUAAAGAAAAGAGAGCGUUUCAAGGCACAGUCUUCAUUUUUGGACGCGAUGUAGAAAAAGGAACGGAUGGUGUCUGUUUUGGCUUACCAAAGACCUCCAAUGUUUAUUCUUUUUUUUCUGACUCCAGUGUAACUGAGAAAUUUGCCUCAAGGAAAUUGUCUGUACGUUAAUAGAAUGAAAACACAUAUUGAAUAGCCAAGGAUUUUUUUUUUGUGCUUAUUACAUUUGAACAGAUUACACUUAUUUAGUCCAUUUUCUUGUAUUUUCUGCAUGUGGUACAAUGCUGCCAUAAUUUUUCAUUUUAUUGACAGAAAUCCGUCUAUUUACUGAAUAUGUGUUGAUUCACUGCACCUUAUCUCAAGUAUAUCUGGGACACUUUAUUUUCUAUCCAUUUAAAAGUUAAACAUUAUAUUUUCAUCAUGGAAGGGAGAUGUUGUUAAAAUGUUAAAUAAAGAAUGUUUAUCAGCGUG